AUGAAGUCGUGUUGCAGCAAGCAGCCUGCAUUGCAGCAACAGCUGUGGGAAUACACCUCGCCCCUGGAACCCAGCCAAGACCUUCAGGGUCUCUUCCUCAACGUCCCAAUUCUUUUCCCAGAGCCUGCCAAUCGCCUUCCAUAAAAGAUAUUAAAUCAAGAAACAAAAGAUAUCCUUAGAGGAGAAGACAAGACCGCAGUAACUGAAGGAACUCAAACUGCAACCAUUUGCAUAGAGCCAAGGCGAGAGAGACCGCCAUCUUGCAGUUAA